UUACAACUUCCUUUCAUCCACUGAAAUAACCAGACGCCAUCAUGUCACCGCGCUCCCCAUCAUUCCUCGUCCUCUUUGUUUUUAUCUCUGCAAUAUCCUCUUCGUUAUCGGAGGCAGCAACAAGUCGGCCAAGUGCUCUUGUUGCGCAGGUCACUCGAGACUCUUCAACUCUGCAGUAUGCUACCCAAAUUCAGCAGAAAACCCCACUGCAGACAGAACGUCUUGUGGUAGACAUCACAGGAGAUUACCUGUGGGUGCAAUGCCGAGACGGUUCCUACAACUCCUCCACUUUCCGCCCGGCCCGCUGCCGCUCAGCUGUGUGCUCAAAGGCAGGCUCAAUCGCUUGCGGCGAAUGUUAUGCGCCUCCGGAGCCUGGCUGCAAUAACAACACCUGCGGCGUCUUCCCCGAGAACACCGUCACACGAACCCAAACAAGCGGCGAUUUGGGGCAAGACGUUGUGGCUCUCUCUUCCACCGAUGGCAAAAAUCCAGGGCCCAAAGUCACAGUGCCCCUCUUCAUCUUCUCCUGCGCUCCGGCCUUUCUUUUGAAAGGACUCGCCCAGGGAGUCGCUGGAAUGGCAGGAUUGAGCAGAGGCAACGUUGCUCUGCCUUCUCAGUUGUCCGGCGCUUUCAGUUUCAGUCGCAAAUUCGCCAUUUGUCUCCCGUCGGCCAGCGCACCGGGUGUCGUUUUCUUCGGGAAUGGCCCGUAUGUGCUCCUUCCCGGGAAGGACGUCUCUCAGGGCCUCACUUACACUCCUCUCGUCAAAAACCCGGAUCUUCCAAACCAGUACUUUAUUAAUGUAAAGGCUGUCCAAGUGGGUGAAAAGAAUGUCGCCAUAGACUCCGCAAAAUUGAAGAUCGACAGCGAGGGGAAAGGCGGCACCAAGCUGAGUACCGUGGUUCCCUACACCACAGUUGCGACAUCUGUUUACACUGCAAUUCGUGACGCUUUUGUGAAAGAAGCAGAGGCCAGGAAUAUUUCUCGCGUGGCUGGUGUGAAGCCAUUUGAUGCAUGCUUUGAUGCCAAGACCGUGUCUUCCACCAGAGUUGGGGCGGGUGUACCCACCAUCGGAUUGGUGUUGCAGAACAGUAAUACAAUCUGGAGAAUCAUGGGAGCGAAUUCAAUGGUGCAGGUGAGCGAUGGAGUGUUGUGCCUUGGAUUUGUAGAUGGAGGGGAGGAUCCCACUACCACGAUAGUUAUUGGAGGUCAUCAAAUAGAAGAUAAUCUUUUGCAGUUCGAUCUGGCUACAUCUCGGCUGGGAUUUAGCUCCACAUUGCUGGGUAUGCAGACCACCUGCUCAAACUUCAAUUUCACCUCCACCGCAUAAAACCCAUUAUAACAGUUCGCUUAUCAAUUAUGAAUUUCCAGUAAAGAUCCGAUUAUCAUUUCCAAUAAAAAUUUAGUCCAGGGAGUCUUAAUUUUUAAAUAAAUAAACGAUCUUGCAAGGUGAUUGUAUGACUACACCAAUUUUUUUUGGUGAAGAUCUGUGUGCUCUUGGGUGUUAUCGUCUUUGGUGUAUACAAUAAAUUGCAUUAUGUUA